AUAAUCUGUCAUAAACACCCAACCCACCAAUAAAUAAAUUAAUAAUAAAAGGAGAACACACACAGAGAGACGGCGGACAAUCAGUCACUGAAAUCUGUUUAUACGAACACAAAACACAAAGAUCUGUUUUCUUUUGUUUUGUGUUUUUGAUCUUUUCCAGUUUUUCAGGAGACCCACUUUCUGUUUUUUAAUUAAUUAAAUAAAUAAAUUGGAUAAAGUUAGAGAAGGAUGUUUUAGUAUAUGAAUUUGCGAGCUAAUUAAUCAAAGGAAGUUGGGAUCUUCACUUGUUUUUAUUCUCGAGCUUUUCUUAUGGCGAUCUCAGGACUGCGUGAAAAGCAUAAACAGGAGAUCGAGAAUUUGACAUUAACAUCGCAACCUUUCAAAACAUUGAAGCUUUUUAUUGUGGCUGUUGCUCAAUAUUUAAGGAGAUCAUUAGUCUACAUUUUGACACAUGGUGUUUGGCUUAUGAUUUUGCUUAGUGUCACUGUUGCAGGGGCAGUCUUGUUUCUUUCUGCAGAUGGUCCAUAUGGAAAGCAUGUUGAAGAGCUUCUUGAAUAUGCAAGGUUUGGAUUGUGGUGGGUGGCACUUGGAGUUGCAUCUUCUAUUGGUCUUGGAUCUGGGCUGCACACUUUUGUCCUAUAUCUGGGUCCCCAUAUUGCAUUCUUCACGUUAAAAGCAAUGCAGUGUGGUCGAGUGGAUAUUAAAAGUGCUUUUUAUGAUACAAUACAAUUGAACAGAAGCCCUUCAUGGCUUAAGAAGGAUUGUUCAGAGUUUGGGCCCUCAUUGUUUGCGACCCCAAGUGGUAAUCAGGUUCCGCUUACUAGCAUAUUGCCUCAAGUACAAGUAGAAGCUAUUCUCUGGGGCCUUGGAACUGCACUAGGAGAGCUUCCUCCUUAUUUUAUUUCGAGAGCAGCAAGUAUAUCAGGUGACAAAAUAGACGCUGCAGAAGAACUGGAUGAAUCCUCAUCAGAGAAUGGAGUUGCUUCAAACUUGAAUCAUAUGAAGCGUUGGCUCUUGUCGCAUGCUCAGUAUUUGAACUUUUUUACUAUCCUGGUGCUUGCUUCGGUGCCAAAUCCUCUAUUUGAUCUUGCUGGCAUUAUGUGUGGGCAAUUUGGGAUUCCAUUUUGGGAGUUUUUUCUUGCAACCCUUAUUGGGAAGGCAAUAGUCAAAACUCACAUUCAGACGGUGUUUAUCAUCUCAGUCUGCAACAAUCAGCUCCUUGACUGGAUAGAAAAUGAGUUAAUAUGGAUGCUUAGCUUCAUCCCUGGCGUGGCUUCUGCCCUGCCUAGCAUUGUAGCUAAACUUCACGCAAUGAAGGAGAAGUACAUGGCUGCCCCACUGCCAGUGACAUCAAACGUCAAGGUAAAAUCGUGGGAUCUAUCUUUUGCUUCAGUUUGGAACUCCAUUGUAUGGCUUAUGUUGUUGAACUUUUUCGUCAAGAUUGUGAAUUCGACCGCACAGAGGUACCUAAAGAAACAGCAGGAAGCUGAAAUGGCUAUUUUGAAAAAGAAGUUGGAUGAGUCACAGGAAAAUAGCCAUUAGUUGUUUGACGUUUUCUUCUUAUUCAUCCUAGAGAAUAGGUAUUUUAGUGACAUCCUUCACCUUCCAUUGAAGUUGAAGUAAAAUCCAAAACAGAGAAUCCCUGCUUACAUUAACUCAUUGAUAGAAACAGUUGCAGAUUUUUUAUACUCUAGUUCUGUUAUGUAACGUUUGGAGGGAUUGCUGUUUUUGGUGCAAAAUAUAACCAUUGUUGUCUUUUUGAGCCCGUAAUUUUAUCAUAUUAUAUUCUACGUUGGCCAUUUGACUAGAUUAAUUCUGAAUGUUACAAUA